AUAGCGAUGGGCUGCGUGUGUCGUGGUGCCUUGUUGCGGGUGCUGGUGCUGCAGUUGGCCUGGGUGCUGGUCGGCGGGCAGGUGCGGUACUCGGUGCCGGAGGAAGCCAAGGCCGGCACGGUGGUGGGCCGGCUGGCGCAGGACCUGGGCCUGGAGGCGGGCGAGCCGGAGGCGCGGCGGCUGCGGCUGGUGUCGCAGGGCCGGCGGGCGAGCGUGGAGGUGAGCGGGGCGAGCGGGGCGCUGGUGGUGAGCUCGCGGCUGGACCGGGAGGAGCUGUGUGGGAAGAGCUCGCCGUGCUCCCUGCGGCUGGAGGUGCUGGUGGAGCGGCCGCUGCGCGUCUUCCACGUGGAGCUGGAGGUCACCGACAUCAACGACAACGCCCCGGUCUUCCCCGCUGCACGCAAAAACCUGAGCAUCGCGGAAUUAUCUACUCUGCCGGGGUCUCGUUUCCCCCUGGAGGGCGCAUCGGAUGCAGAUGUCGGAGCCAACGCUCAGCUCUCCUAUAGCCUGAGCCCCAGCGAGUACUUUACGGUCGAUGUUAAAUCCCCUGAUAAGCACAGAAAAUCUCUCUUCCUGGUGCUCACAAAACCUCUGGACCGCGAGACGAUACCGAUUCACCAUCUGAUGCUGUCGGCGAGUGAUGGGGGCCGACCUCCGCUGACGGGCACUGUGGAGCUGGUGAUCUCGGUGCUGGACGCGAACGACAACGCUCCCCAGUUCAACCAGUCUGUGUAUAAAGUGCAGCUGCAGGAAAACGCUGCGGAGGGAACGCUGGUGGCGCGGGUAAACGCCACGGAUCUGGACGAAGGUCUGAAUAAGGAAUUUACUUACAGUCUGGUCAGUUCUGUUCCUGUUGCUAUGAGAGAUCUUUUCUCCAUUGAUCCAAAGACAGGCGAGAUCAGACUUAGGGGCGCCCUGGACUUUGAAGACGUCCGCUUACACGAGCUGCAAAUUGAAGCAAGAGACAAAGGCUUCCCGCCGCUGUCGGGACACUGCAGUGUGGAGCUGGAGGUGCUGGACGUGAACGACAACUCACCAGAGGUGUGGGUGACGUCGCUGUCGGUGCCGGUGCCGGAGGACGCGGCGGUGGGGACGGUGGUGGCUCUGCUGAGCGUGUCGGACCGAGACUCCGGGGAGAACGGUCGGGUGCGCUGCACGGUGUGGCCGCCGGUACCCUUUGCUCUGGUGUCGACGUUCGGCGGUUCGUACUCGCUGGUGCUGCGGGAGGCGCUGGACCGGGAGCGGGUGUCUGAGUACGACUUGGAGGUGCGGGCGGAGGACGGCGGGUCUCCCCCGCUGCGCGCCAGCCGGGGUCUGCGUGUGCCGGUGUCGGACGUGAACGACAACGCGCCGGCGUUCGCCCAGGCCGUGUACACGGUGCUGGCGCGGGAGAACAACGCGGCGGGCGCGGAGCUGGCGCGGCUGUGGGCGCGGGACCCGGACGAAGCGGGUAACGGGCGCGUGAGCUACUCGGUGGCGGAGAGCGGCGGCGGGGCCGCGGUGUCGGGCGUCGGGUGGCGUCCGGCGUCGAGCUACGUGUCGGUGGACGCGGAGAGCGGUCGGCUGUGGGCGCUGCAGCCGCUGGACUACGAGGAGCUGCAGGUGCUGCAGUUCGAGGUGCGGGCGGUGGACGCGGGGGAGCCGGCGCUGUGCGGCAACGCCACGGUGCAGCUCUUCGUGCUGGACGAGAACGACAACGCGCCGGUGCUGCUGCCGCCUGCCGGGGACGGGCCUGGAGCCGGGAUCUCGGGCUCGGCGGCGUCGGGAGGGGGCUCAGCGGAGCUGUGGGCGUGGGCGACGUGGGGGGCGCCGGCGGGGCAAGUGUUGGCGAAGAUCCGCGCGGUGGACGCGGACUCGGGCUACAACGCGUGGCUGCGCUACGAGCUGUGGGAGCCGCGGGGCAAGGGCCCGUUCCGCGUGGGGCUUUACAGCGGCGAGGUGAGCACGACGCGGGCGCUGGAGGAGGCGGACGGCCCUCGGCAGCGUCUGGUCAUCGUGGUGCGGGACCACGGCGAGCCUGCGCGCUCGGCCACGGCCACGCUGAGCGUGUCGCUGGUGGAGGGCGCCGAGGCGGCGCUGGCGGCCGCGAGCUCGGGCUCGUCGGGGGCGGGGCUGCGGUCGGCGGCAGCCGCUGGGGGCGGUGCAUCGGCAUCGACGGCGACGACGAACGUGUGGCUGGUGGUGGCCAUUUGCGCGGUGUCGAGCCUGUUCCUGCUGGCGGUGGUGCUGUACGGGGCGGCGCGGUGGGCGCCGCGGUCGGCCGUUCUGUCGGGUCCCGGUCCGACCACGUUUGUAUGCGCCAGCGAAGUGGGGAGCUGGUCGUACUCGCAGCGCCAGAGCCGGAGCCUGUGCGUGACGGAUGGCGCGGGCAAGAGCGACCUGAUGGUUUUCAGCCCCAACUUUCCUCCGCCGCCCGGUUCCACGGCAAAGGAGGCGCAUCCGGAGGCGCCCGCUCUGCUGGAGACGGUCAGUGGCGCUCCCACCCUUCCUUUUUCUCCUCUUGCCCUUUUCCCCUUCGCCCCUUUCCUCCUGUCGCUCUUCUUGCCCGCGCCCUGGGCAGUUGCUGGCGUGAGCCGGGCUUAG